UUCUACGAUAUUUCCAGACAAUUUGUAUGUGUAUCUACCAAGAUGAUAGGCGUGCUAAUAUUUGCUGCCUUUGCGCCUUUUGCUUUAGCUUCUCCUCCUCAAUCGGAUCUAGCAGAACCAUCUACCAGAAUUGUAGGAGGAAGCUCUACAACAAUUUAUGAUAUUCCUUAUAUUGUACAAGUAAACGAGGGUUAUCCAAUGUGCGGUGGAUCAAUCAUUUCAAGACAUUGGGUGGUCACCGCAGGUCACUGCUUAGAGGGAUCGCUUGCAGAAAGAGUAACUAUCCGAGCGGGAACAGACCAACUAGGAACAGGUGGUGUGGAGAUACAGGCCUCAGCUUUAUAUACUCAUCCCAAGUUUGAUCUUGAUGCCGUUGAUUAUGACAUAGGUUUAAUCAGACUUGCUUAUCCACUUCCUUUUGGUCCGACAAUAUCUGCAAUUUCUCUAGCGAAACGGAAAGUUCCUGUCGGAACAGCGGCUGUUGUUUCGGGUUGGGGAUUUUUAGCAGGCGGUAAUAAUAACACAAACCCAACGCAAUUACAAACAGUUACAAUACCAGUUGUUAGCGAUAACGAAUGCCUUGAUUAUACUAAAAGAAGGAUAUGCGCAGGAUACCGUGAUGGAAUCGAAGCUCCUUGUGUAGGCGACUCUGGAGGUCCGUUGGCUGUAGGAAAUACCCUCAUUGGUAUUGUUUCGACUGGCCAAGAUUGUACUGGAAUAUCCGUUUUCUCCAACGUUGCCUAUCUUCAUAAAUGGGUAUCAUCAGUAAUGUCAACUUAACACACAGCGCUAAAAAUCUACAUUUUCUAAAUAGAUAUAUAGAUAGAUAAUAACCUUCGAACAAUAAUUAAUUGUUACUGAUCAUGUAAACAAUUACGAUUAUUCCAAUAAUAAAAGUUGCACGUAUUCAA